CUCUAGAUCGAGAGCGUAAGUUGGUGUUAAAAUGGCGUCAGUGAUUUCGGCCUUUUAAUCAUAAAUUGUGAGCUUUCCAAUGCUUUUCGGAAAUUGGGAAAAUGCAGAAAACAUAGUGCUCAGUUUGGGAAAUCUCUAAUUAGUGUUUACAUAACUUAGAAAAAUGGCGAGUCCAUCGCCCCAGAGCAGUCCCAUGCCGCCGCCACAAGCCCCCAGUCCCAUGGGCCCCCCAAUCCAGAGUCCGGCUCCACCCCCUUCGCCUCACAGCCCGUACCAAGGGCCUCCGCCCAUGGGUCACGUGAACGGACCACCCCCACAUUCCAUGCCUCCGAAUCCGGCACCCAAUCACCCUAAUAUGGUUCAAAUGCAGCCAAAUCCAGGGCAUCACAUGCCCCCUCAACCGCACCCGAAUAUGCCUCCACAUCCGCCACAACCUCAUCCAGGCAUGCCGCCACAAGGGCCGCCUCCUCAAGGACAUCCAAACCAUCAAGGGCAUCCGCCACCACAAGGACACCAUAUGGGCGGACCGCCGCCUCAGCAGGGACAUCCACAAGGGCCUCCCAUGCAAAUGCAGCCGGGAGGACCGCCUCCACAAGGACAUCCGCACGGCGGACCGCCGCCGCCACAGGGGCAUCCGAUGCAGCCGGGGGCGCCGCCACACAUGGGCCCCGCGCAUAAUAUGCAGCAAGGACAGCCCUAUCCAGGGCAUCCUAUGCCUAUGGGGGGCCACCCCCAACAAGGACAGAAUCCGUCGUCAUCGCCGGGGCCCCAAGGCCCGCCUCCGGGUCCACCUGGCCAGCCGGGACAACCUCCUCAAGGUCAGGAGAAUUUAAACGCCCUCCAAAGAGCUAUAGACUCCAUGGAGGAGAAAGGGAUGCAGGAGGAUCCCAGAUACUCGCAAUUAUUGGCCCUGAGGGCCAGAACCAAUGGAAGUAAUACGAUUUUUAGCCCUAUGCAAAUGGCGCAAUUAAGGGCCCAGAUAAUGGCCUAUAGGAUGUUGGCAAGGAAUCAGCCCUUAAGUCCGCAGAUUGUAAAUGCUGUGCAAGGGAAGAGGCCCGAUGGGACUCCUCAGUGUCCUACGCCCCCCUCAAGUCCAUUUCAGCCACAAGGACCACAGCCCCAGGGUGGUCCACCCGCUAGCGAAGCUAACGAACCACUUCCACCGGAAAGUGGCGCUUCACAACAAGCGAUGCGACCUCCGGGACCGCCCGGAUCCCAAACGGGACCCACUUCGGGUCCUCCCGGACCUGUCCAACAACAGGCUCAAAUACAAGGAGUGAAACCCGGCCCUCCGGCCCAACAGAACGCCACUGGGAUCAGGCCCGGAGCACCUAACCAACCGAAUCAAACCGGAAACCAGCAAACUUCUACUAAACAAAACCGGGUUACUACGGUACCAAAACCGGUCGGAAUCGAUCCGGUGGUUUUGCUACAGGAACGCGAAAAUCGGUUAGCGUCGAGAAUAGCAGCCCGAAUGGAACAGUUGAGUAAUUUACCGACGAACAUGUCCGAGGAUUUACGAAUUCAAGCGCAGAUUGAGUUAAGGGCUUUACGAUGUUUAAAUUUUCAAAGACAAUUGAGAAGCGAGAUAAUUGCGUGUACAAGACGUGAUACGACUUUAGAGACCGCUGUCAAUGUUAAAGCUUAUAAGAGGACGAAAAGGCAAGGUUUACGCGAAGCUCGGGCUACUGAAAAGCUGGAAAAACAACAGAAAUUGGAAGCUGAGAGGAAGAGGCGACAGAAACAUCAAGAGUUUCUCACUUCUGUCCUCCAACACGGGAAGGACUUUAAAGAGUUCCAUCGGAAUAAUCAAGCGAAGUUGGCGAGGUUAAACAAGGCCGUGAUGAAUUACCACGCUAAUGCCGAACGUGAACAAAAGAAAGAACAAGAACGUAUCGAGAAAGAACGUAUGAGGCGACUCAUGGCCGAAGACGAAGAAGGUUAUAGGAAAUUGAUUGAUCAGAAAAAGGAUAAACGCUUGGCGUUCCUCUUAUCGCAAACCGACGAGUAUAUUGCCAACUUGACCGAAAUGGUAAAACAACACAAAUUGGAACAGAAACGCAAACAACAAGAGGAAGAGAAGAGGAAAAAGAAGAAGAAGAAACGAGCCGAAGGGUUGUUGGCUGAUGGUUCCCAAGGGUCUGAUAGGCCGGUCACUGUGAUUGAAACCACAACUGGCAAAAAAUUAUCAGGAGAAGAUGCACCAAUGUUGAGUCAAUUGCAGGAGUGGUUACUACAACAUCCAGGAUGGGAGGCUAUGGAUUCGGAUGAUGAGGAUUCGGAUGAUGAUGAAGAAGAAAAUAAAAGAAGAGACGAUGAGAAUAGAUCUGAAGAAGAUAAAGCUAAAGAUGUUAUCAAUAAAGCAAAAGUUGAAGAUGAUGAGUAUCACAAGAAUGCAAAUGAAGAGCAGACUUAUUACAGUAUUGCUCACACUGUACAUGAAAUCGUAACUGAACAAGCUUCCAUCAUGGUCAAUGGUAAAUUAAAAGAGUACCAAACCAAAGGUUUGGAAUGGUUGGUAUCUCUCUAUAACAACAAUUUGAACGGGAUUUUGGCCGACGAGAUGGGUUUGGGUAAAACCAUUCAAACUAUAGCCCUUAUCACUUAUUUAAUGGAGAAGAAGAAGGUUAAUGGCCCUUAUCUCAUCAUAGUACCUCUAUCAACUUUAUCAAACUGGGUACUCGAGUUCGAAAAGUGGUCCCCUUCUGUGGUGGUGGUGUCUUAUAAGGGCUCCCCGGCCGGCCGUAGAGCCAUCCAGAGUCAAAUGCGUUCGACUAAAUUUAACGUUCUUCUGACCACUUACGAAUAUGUGAUCAAGGAUAAGGGAGUAUUAGCAAAACUCCCUUGGAAGUAUAUGAUAAUCGACGAAGGUCACCGAAUGAAAAACCACCAUUGCAAACUAACUCAAGUUUUAAACACCCACUAUUUAGCCCCUCAUCGUCUCCUUCUUACCGGUACUCCUCUUCAAAACAAACUCCCCGAGUUGUGGGCCCUUCUCAAUUUCCUCCUUCCUUCGAUUUUCAAAAGUUGCUCAACUUUUGAGCAAUGGUUCAAUGCACCCUUUGCCACAACUGGUGAAAAAGUUGAAUUGAAUGAAGAAGAAACGAUUUUGAUUAUUCGACGUUUGCAUAAAGUUCUCCGACCGUUUUUACUCAGAAGAUUAAAGAAAGAAGUGGAGUCGCAAUUACCCGACAAAGUCGAGUAUAUAAUCAAGUGUGAUAUGUCAGGAUUGCAAAAAGUUCUUUACAAACAUAUGCAAAGUAAGGGUGUUUUAUUGACCGAUGGCUCCGAAAAGGGUAACAAGGGUAAAGGGGGCGCGAAAGCCCUGAUGAAUACUAUAGUACAGUUGAGGAAAUUGUGUAAUCAUCCAUUUAUGUUCCAAAAUAUCGAGGAGAAGUAUUGUGACCACGUGGGGAUUUCGGGUGGAGUCAUUUCAGGACCUGAUUUAUACCGAGCGUCUGGAAAGUUUGAACUUUUGGAUCGAAUUCUCCCGAAAUUGAAAGUGACAGGUCAUCGAGUCUUACUUUUCUGUCAAAUGACGCAACUUAUGACCAUCAUGGAGGACUAUCUAUCGUGGCGAGGUUUCGGUUACUUGCGUCUAGAUGGUACCACCAAAGCCGAAGACCGUGGCGACCUCUUGAAGAAAUUCAAUGCGAAAAACAGUGAUUAUUUCUUGUUUUUGCUAUCCACAAGAGCCGGUGGUUUGGGUUUGAAUUUGCAAAGUGCCGAUACUGUCAUUAUUUUCGAUUCAGAUUGGAAUCCCCAUCAGGACUUGCAAGCCCAAGAUCGUGCUCAUCGUAUCGGUCAACAAAACGAAGUGCGUGUUUUGCGUUUGAUGACUGUGAAUUCGGUUGAGGAGCGAAUUUUAGCCGCCGCCCGGUAUAAAUUAAACAUGGAUGAAAAGGUCAUCCAGGCGGGAAUGUUUGACCAGAAGAGUACAGGAUCGGAGAGGCAGCAGUUCUUGCAGAGUAUUUUGCAUCAAGAUGGCGAUGAAGAAGAGGAAGAAAAUGAAGUCCCCGAUGAUGAAACUGUCAAUCAAAUGGUGGCGAGGUCUGAGGCCGAAUUCGAACUUUUCCAAAAAAUGGAUUUGGAGAGAAGACGUGAGGAGGCGAAAUUGGGUCCAAACCGAAAACCUCGUAUGAUGGAAAUUAGUGAGCUUCCGGAUUGGUUGGUGAAGGAUGAUGAUGAGGUCGAUCCGUGGAAUUAUGAUGAAACAGAGUCGGCUUUGGGUCGAGGGACUAGACAGAGAAAGGAAGUUGAUUAUACUGAUAGUCUGACGGAGAAAGAGUGGCUAAAAGCGAUUGAUGAAGGAGGGGAUUAUGAUGAUGAAGACGAUGAAGAAGAAAAAGUUAAAAAGAGACGUGGACGAAAGAGGAAAAAGAGAGGAGAUGAUUCGGAUAGUGAAGUUGGGACUAGUAAAAGGAGAAGAGGGCAGUCGAGCGCUGAUUUAAAAGUGAAACGUCAAAUGAGAAAAUUAAUGAAUAUUGUGACGAGAUAUACAGACAGUGACGGUCGUCUUUUGAGCGAACCGUUUAUGAAAUUACCACCUCGGAAAGACUACCCAGACUAUUAUGAAAUUAUUAAAAAACCGAUGGACAUCAAUAAGAUUUUGGGUCGAAUUGAGGACGGAAAAUAUAACGAUUUUAAUGACCUCGAACGUGACUUUAUGCUUCUGUGUCAAAACGCCCAAAUCUACAACGAAGAAGCAUCGCUCAUCUAUGAAGAUAGCAUCGUUCUUCAAUCGGUUUUCACCAAUGCGAAGCAACGUAUCGAGUCAGGUGUUCCAGACUCGGAUGAUGAUAAAGAUGAAGAUAAAUCAGACAGUGAAUCGGUGAAAAUGAAGAUAAAAUUGAAGAAUAAAAAAACCAGUGGUCGGCGUAAACGCGCGGCAAAGAGAUACGUCUCGGAUGAUGACGACGAUGACGAUGAUUAAGUAUUUCAUUGGUGAUAAGUUAGUUAAGCAAGAAAGAAUUAGUACCUACAGGUUAAACAAAUCGUGUAAUACUACUGAGUUUAAUUAAUUGUUCGAUUUUUGUAUUUAUUUUGAAAAAAUGUAAGUAUCUAGGUUGUAGGUAUGUGGAUUCAUGUCUAUCUGUAACACUAAUACACAAUUUGAAAAGAAUUAUUUAUUU